CCUAUUUCGUGUUCCCGUUCCCUAGCGAGCGCCGAUCGUGAGGCGCGUGGCUCCGAUCGAAAUCGAUCCAGUCGCCAGCAUUCAUCGGCACAGAUCGGCGUGCGUCUGAUCGCGAGCAGGGUUUUGAGGGGUUUUGUGCGAAUCGAUCGAUCCAGCAUUGCCUAGUGCCUUCUAGGGUUCUUGGAUCCAUUCUCCCAGCAUUCUUGCCCGAUCCUUCCACAAGAUGCAUAGCCAGGAGAAUGGAUUCACGGUGCCCACGAUGCAGCUGAUUGACGGGAGCGGUAAAUUUAACGAGGCUGGAUUGGAAGAGUUUGUGAAAUCCGUGAGGCUGCCGGAAUGUGGGCUAUCCUAUGCUGUGGUGUCGAUUAUGGGUCCACAAAGCAGCGGGAAGAGCACGCUCUUGAACCAUUUGUUUCGUACGAGGUUUCGAGAAAUGGAUGCUUUCAAGGGAAGGUCUCAGACAACACAAGGAGUGUGGCUUGCCAAGGCCAGCGGUAUUGAGCCGUGCACACUGAUAUUGGAUCUUGAAGGCACGGAUGGUCGUGAGAGAGGAGAGGACGACACUGCUUUUGAAAAGCAGAGCUCUUUGUUUGCGCUAGCUGUUUCGGACGUUGUUUUGAUAAACAUGUGGUGUCAUGAUAUUGGUCGAGAGCACGCAGCCAACAAACCUUUGCUGAAGACCGUCUUUCAGGUUAUGAUGCGGCUCUUCACACCCCGUAAAACAACGCUCUUGUUUGUCAUCCGGGACAAAACGAAGACGCCUUUGGAAGUUCUGGAGCCUAUUCUCAGAGUGGACGUUGAGAAGAUUUGGUCUAGUGUUGCAAAGCCUGAAAAAUACAAGAACACUCCACUUUCUGAUUUUUUUCAAGUCGAAGUAACGGCAUUGGCAAGCUUUGAAGAAAAGGAAGAAGUUUUCAAAGCGCAGGUUGAAGAACUACGACAAAGAUUUAUGCACUCUAUAGCCCCUGGUGGGCUUGCAGGUGAUCGGACGACAGUAAUUCCGGGAUCGGGAUUUCCUUUAAGUACACAUGAAAUAUGGAAGGUCAUCAAGGAAAACAAGGACUUGGAUCUUCCCGCGCAUAAGGUUAUGGUAGCUACCGUGCGCUGCGAAGAAAUUGCAAACGAGAAGUUUUUGGCACUUUCAGCUGAUGAGGAAUGGAGGGAGCUCUCUGAGGCUGCAAAGUCCGUUCCAGUUGCGGGAUUUGGAAAAAGACUAGAUUCAUUACUGGAUCAGUAUGUUAGCUCGUACGAUUCAGAAGCAGCAUACUUCGAUGCACAAGUUCGAGACCAUAAAAGAGAAUUCUUGAUGAAUCGAAUCUUGGAGCUUGUUCAACCGUCCUAUCAAGCAGUUCUAGCUCACUAUAGAGCGAAAGCGUUAGCAACCUUCAAGCAGGCUGCUGACGCAAGCUCCGCAUCGUCGGAAACAGAAGGAUUUGCAGCUGCAAUAAGAAGAUGCAGUAAAGAAUGUCUUGACGAGUUUGACCGCGGCUGCGAAGAUGCAAAUGUUAAACUUGCUGGUUGGGAUUCUUCAAAGGUCAAGGAAAAGCUUCGUAGAGAUGUAGAUGCUCACGCAUCCAACCUGAAAGCGAAACGGCUUGCGGAAAUAGUGGGAAAGUCGGAGCGGCAACUAGAGGACGUUUUGGGGAACUCUGUGUCAACAUUACUAGAUGCGGCAUCAUCAGAUACUUGGCCGUCGCUGAGAACUUUGGUGGCUCAUGAAACUAAUUUGGCUAAAGACGCUUUACUGCAAGCUGUCUCGGGCUUUGAGCUAGAUGCAGCGGAAUUAAGGAGGAUCGAAGAGGACUUUGUAGCUUUUGGGCGAAAUGUGGUUGAGAAAAGAGCCAGAGAAGAAGCAAGUCAAGCUUUAAUUCGCAUGAAGGAUAGAUUCAACACAGUUUUUAGCCACGAUGAGGACUUGAUGCCAAGGGUAUGGACCGGUGAAGAAGACGUGAGAAUGAUCACGAAAGACGCUCGUUUAUCGGCUAUUAAGCUUCUUUCUGUGCUAUCUGUGAUACGCUUGGAAGAAGAUGCUUCUGAUAACGUCGAGGAAACACUGACUGGGUUGCUCGGAGAAAUUCCAGAACGCUUGCAAUCUCCAGCUAAUGCAACUGCAGUGGACAGGUCCUUGGCAACGUCAGCUUCCAGCGCGUUGGCUGCAAGUACCUGGGAUGGAGUUCCAUCGGAGAAAAUGUUGUUGAGUCCAAUAGAUUGUCGAAAUCUAUGGAGACAGUUCAAAGCUGAGACUGAGUACACUGUCAGUCAAGCUCUAGCUGCACAGGAGGCAAACAAGCGCGGUGCUUCCUGGCUACCUCCACCCUGGGCGAUUGUCGCCAUGGUGGUUCUCGGAUUCAACGAGUUCAUGGCUUUACUAAGGAAUCCUAUCUACUUGGCAGUUGUCUUCGUUCUCUACUUGGUGGGUAAGGCCGUGUGGGUGCAACUCGACAUUGGCCGUGAGUUCCAAAAUGGAAUGCUAUCCGGGAUGAUCUCGAUCUCCACAAAGCUGCUCCCAACGUUCAUGAACAUAAUGAAGCGCCUGGUGGAAGAGGGCCAGCAAGCAACCACGGGAAGCAGCGGCGUCUACCGUGAGGUCCCAAUGGAAGAAUUUCCAUCCAGCAGCGAUAGCUCGUCCUCGGAGAGCAGCAAAGCGCGACGAAGGCAGCAAGGUUUGUCCAAGCAGCAUUGAUUCUUACGUUUCGGUUUUGUUACUUGGCGAGUGUGUAUAAAUUGGAUGAUAUAUAGAUGGAUUUUUUUUAUGAUCA